AUGAAGAAUUGCAAGGUGGAAAAUGUUACUGUCAGAAUACGAUAUACAUAUGUCAGACAGAAAGCAAUAAAAGGGAGUGAAAUGGCAGAACAUCUUACCCACCAACCCCUCGAAGAAUAUCAAUCUAUGAAAUUCGACUUUCCUGACGAGGACAUCAUGGUGAUAAGGGAUUACGAAAUACCAGGACUCGACGAAGGACCCGAACUAGGGGCAAUAUGGACACUGGCGUUUUAUGGGGCCUCAAAUGCACUAGGUCAUGGUAUAAGGGAAGUCUUGACAUCUCCUGACAAUCGUCACUUACCUUUCACUGCGAGAUUAUGCUUUGACUGCACCAACAAUAUUUCAGGUUACGAAGCGUGCAUAUUGGGGUUAGAAGCUGCGAUUGAUCUAAGGAUUAAGCUGCUCAAGGUGUAUGGAGAUUCAGCGUUGGUGAUUCACCAAGUCAAUAAAGAAUGGGAUACUCGAGAUGCAAAGAUAAUCCCGUACCGGGACCUCAUACUAGAGCUAAUGGAUGAAUUUGAAACAAUCACUUUCACUCACAUCCAAAGGGAAGAGAAUUAA